CAUUCCACGCGGGAACACCUGUUUGCUCCGUCGGAUCGCGUGCUACUCGGUCGCGCUCAGUUUGCGGGGGAAAAAAAGGAAGCGAUAAAGGGAGGGCGACAAAGAAAGAGGCUGAUACGCAGAAAAGGGUCUAGUAUCUUCGAUCUCGAGAGGAGAGAGAGAGAGAGAGAGAGAAAAAAGAGAGAGCACUUAACACACAAUCGCCAAUGCUUUCUCUCUGGGGCCAGAGAUACAGAGUAGGAAAAGGAGGAGAGGUACAGGGAGAAGGGGGCGAUAAAGAGAAAGAGAAACAAAGAAAGGACGAAGUCCGCGAGGCUUCCACCACGUGUCCCUCGUUCUUCUCGAUUGUACACGCUAUGUCGCCGCGCAACGGCUCCUGCGUGGCGGAAGUGAGUUCCGUGAGGAGCCUCUCGUCGGACGAUGUUUCGGGGACCAAAGCGAACCGGAAGAAGUCGUGCUGGGCCCGCGCGACCGAUCCGGCCCAUCGUCGCGGUCGGCGGAUCCAACUGCUGCAAAUGCUGGUGCUACCCUUUAUACCAAUCCUCGCUCUGAUCGUGCAGACCGCAAAUACUCUCCACGACAUUCUGAUCUACCGUCAAGAGGUGUCCGACAUAGAGACGCAGGUGACGAUAGCGACGGAUCUAGGCAAAAUGGUCACCAGGAUGCAGCUGGAGAGAUCCGAAGUGGCUUUUUUCAUCUACACUAGCGGCAACACGUUGAGGUCGAACCUGACGCAGAGAUUUGCCAUAACCGACCAGGAUCUCCAUAAUAUGAGCACGUGGCCGCUGGUAUCUGUACCCAGGGACGAAAGCAAGACGCAAACGUACGACGUGGUGAGCAAGGAGGCCUUCCAGGCAAGCCUGGGGGACUUCAGGCAAAAGAUAAGUUCAGAAGAGAGCAGCAUUUCUGAGGUGAUGGCGUGGUACACAAAAGUGAACGCCGCUAUGCUGGCCCACCUGACUAAUCAGAUUAAGGAGACGGAUAACAGCGGGGUGUGGAGGUAUCUAAUAGCCUUCAAGAAUCUCCUGCGGAGCAUCGAGAGCCUCGGUAUAGCCUCGGUGGAGGGAAUCAAUUACUUCGGCCGAGGUCUCCUUUCCGGUGACAACUACAUCAAUUACGUUCGCCACGAAGCGCUGGGCCAUGACCUUCUGAACGCCGCCCUGACAUAUGUGCCCUCCCUGAAGAAGUUUUACAACGAACUCACGCGCACGAUGCCCGAGUACGACAAGAUCAAGGCAAGACGGAACGAGAUCCUACGGAAUCAAAAGAGGGAUCAGUCGAGCGUAGACGACGCAAUCGCUUACUUCGAUUCAAUGGCCACUUACAUCGACGAACUGCGUAAGCUGCAGCGGGAACUGCGUCACAUGAUAAGGGAUUACGUCAAUUCGACGUUACAAGACGCGAGCAACAAGGAAGUCGCGGGGAUUGCUAUCGUCGUUCUGGUCCUGGUGGUAUCCCCUAUCAUCAUCAUACUGAUGCGUAACGCCGUCGCCACCAUUCAGAUGUACGCCGCGAAUUUGGCUCAGAAGGCACGUGAGCUCAAACGCGAAAAGAGGAAGAGCGACACAUUGCUCUUCCAAAUGCUUCCACCCAGCGUUGCCCAACAACUCAAGCAAACUCAGCAGGUACCGGCGGAGUAUUACGAAGCGGUGACCGUCUACUUCAGCGACAUAGUCGGUUUCACGGAGAUCGCCGCGGAGAACACGCCCCUCGAGGUGGUGACGUUCCUCAAUUCGAUCUACAAGCUGUUCGAUGCACGCAUCGAGUGCUACGAUGUCUACAAGGUAGAGACCAUCGGAGACUCCUAUAUGGUCGCUUCUGGUCUGCCCGUUAGAAAUGGUGAUAAGCAUGUGUCUGAAAUCGCCACAAUGGCGUUAGACUUGCUGGCGGCUUCGUCCGUAUUCCAGGUGCCCAAACGUCCCGGCGAACGACUGCAAAUAAGAAGCGGAGCCCAUACUGGACCCGUUGUGGCCGGUAUCGUCGGCAGCAAGAUGCCCCGUUACUGUCUCUUUGGCGACACCGUAAACACCGCAAGUCGCAUGGAAUCGACUGGCGAAGCUCUGCGAAUCCACAUCAGUUUAGAGAUGAAAAAAGCUCUUGACGCGGUAGGCGGUUUUAAGAUCGAACACCGUGGCCUUGUCGACGUCAAGGGCAAGGGCCUCAUGGACACGUACUGGUUGGAGUGCAAAGACGGUGGUAUCGCACGCGCCGCCGAGCUCGACCUACCGUCAUUCUUCGAGGACGUACGACCGGUCUUCAUGCGGCGCCUGCGUGAGGAGGGUCGCAAAAACCGGCUGUCUCAUCCGAAUCUGCAUAUCACCCCUGUCAAGAUACCACCGCAGUCACAAUCGAGUAUCGAAUCCCAGGACUCGGGCACCUACGAAUGCACCCGUUCAACCACUCCCUGUCCACCGAGUUACUCGCCCGCGAGUCAACGCAGUCGUUACUCGCAGCCGAACCUACCGACCCUACUGAUCUCGUACGACCGGCGAUCGGGCGGUUCACCAGACCGUCGCAUCCGCAUGUCACAGCCGAUCCUCAACUCCAGCCUGAGCGGCAUCAAUUCGUUCAAUUUCAGCAUGCACCGCGGCAGCGGUGGAGGCCGUCUAUCCUACACAAGUCUACGUGCCACUUCAGGCGACAAUAGUAUCAACGAGGAAGAGAGGCUGUCGACACCAAACGUGCAUGCCCUGGGUGGCAGCGGAAGCCCCCGUGGUAGUCUGACGAUGGAGCGGAGCUCGUCGCGACUUUCGCAACCGGACAUCCGUCGAUUUGCCUUGCGACAUGAUAAGCGCGAGCGAUUGUCGCAGCCCACUCUUGUCACUGGCGACUACUAUCCUGGUCGGACGCAGCAGCGACUGUCCCAACCGUGUCUCAGCAGCGGUAUCGGAAUGCAUUCAUCCUCACCGCCACCUUAUCCUCUUAAACAUAAGAGAUUCGGGCCUGCCAUCUUGCAGGUAAGUCAGCGCGAUCGUCUCUCGCAGCUGGACAUCGGAGCUAAGUAUCGAAAUAUUAAAGACCUGGGCGGCAAUGCCGCGCAGGUGAAGUUCAAUCGCGAUCGGUUCUCGAUACCGGAGUUGGAGACGCAAAACGACUUGCGACUGAUGGCCGGCACGCCCAAGCAACGCUUCAGCCUGGACAGUCAGCUGACGAAGCAACGUUACAGUUUAGACAGUCAAGACAGCUGUAAAUCGCGACUGCUACCAAUCGCCAGUUCACCGAUUUUCGAGCAUCAGCAAAUGAAGACCGAGGAGCUCAUGGGGUUGACGUCUGAAAGGCUGAAGAGUCCUACCUGCGAAGGUCUGCAGAGCGUGAUUGUCGCGAGCACGUCGCCGAUCUUUCCACCAGGUGAGAGACGAUUCCUCGCGCCGGAUUUUCCAUUCACAAGCAGAAAACCAUCGAAGUCACCGUCGCCACCUAAAUCAGAAAUCAUUUCAUUCGGCAAGACCGGACGCGGUGGUAAACCACCACCGAUUCCGAUGCGGGAGAGGAUGUCGGUGCCGGAGAUCAGAAACUCAAGCUUACGUCGGCUGCUGGAUCCACCUGUCCGGCAACGGCACAGUAUCGCCGGCAACUUGAGGCAAUCGCUGUUGUCGCCGGUGAAGUUGCCAGAGUUCAGCACCAGCAGCAGGAAAUCGCCGCGAUACUCGAUCGACGACGCGCUCGAGAAGUUGAAGAGAAUCGAGAAGGAAGAGAAUAGACGGAACCAGGAGACGAGCGAGAGCAAGGAGCAGGAAGACAAGGAACAGGAUCAGCAACAGCAGCAACAACAGGAAAAGGAGCCGAAGCACAUCCAGCGGCAUUAUUCGUAUACGUACGAGACGCCCGGCAGCGACGAGAGCGGCAGCGUCUCGACGCUCGGCAAGCUGAGCGUGGGCGGCACGCCGAAGCGCAAGUUCCUGGAAAGCAAUUUCGACGAGAACGAGCAAGUGAUCACGACGGUGAUCGAGACGGAGGUACCGAUGAUCUUGCCGAGCACACCCGGCAAGUACGCGAAGAAAGCGCAGGCAUACUCGAGUGAGACGCCGAAAUGGAUCCGGAAAUAUCUCGAGAACGAGAAUUCUCCGAAGGUGGGCAGAAAGCCCUCCGCUACCGGCAAUCAGCAGAUCGUCAGGUCAUCGAAUCGCAGGAGCAGCCGCAGAAAGAGCUCGCUGGAGUCGAUCGAGACGAUGGCGAAGAAGCCAGAGGAGAAGAUUCGCUCCAAGUCCGCCAGCUGCGAGGAGAGGACUAAGGACAUUACGGAGCAGAAGAGCGUGAGAGAGACGUACGUGAGGAUCGUGCCAUCCAACAACGCCCAACAGGAGAAUAGGUACGAGGUUGGCGUGGAAACUACCGCGACCUCGUGGAAGAAAACCGAUGGCAGGGGUCUCUACGGUGACGACACUGAUACGGACGAUUCCACAUCGAUCUAAACGAAGGGACGUGAUGUCACAUGUCACGAGAUGAAUCUGGUUCAUAAGAUCGCUUUGAUUGCUGUUGCUAAGCUUGACGAUUUAGAUCUUGAAGAAACGAAGAGAAUUCAAUUAUUUUGGUAAACUAAUAUCGGAAAAAGCGGAAAAUAUAUUACAAACAUAG